UUCAUUAUCAAGCAAUCUCCUUAAAGAUUUGACUUGUAAUUUAUUUAUAAUUAUAUUUUGAAAUAAUUUUUUCAUUUCAACAUUUAUUUUGAUAUUUUAAAAUGGUUUCAAAAAUGCCACCAAAAAAUGUGGCCUUACUUAUGGAAUUGAGAAAACGCUGCCCAAGAAAUCAAAUCCAUCAUUUAGAAAACUUGUUUGCGAAACGACAACACUACAAAGAGAAUCUAAGAACCUUAAAAAAGAGUCUUCCAAUAAUUGACUGGGAUUACUAUAAGCGUAACGUCCGAUCUGAAUCUUUGGCUGUGGUAGAAGAAUUGGAAAAGAAAUAUACGAGUUUUUCUGUACCCUAUCCAACGGACAUUUAUACCAAACAAUUUGAGCAGCUCAAAGAAGAUGUUAAGGUUCAAAUUGCUGAAUUUAAAGAAAAAUCCAAUGAGCGUAUUGCAGCUUACGAAAAGGAAAUGCAAAGAAUACGAUCGUUGGUACCUUUUGAUCAAAUGACUUGGGAAGAUUAUUGCGAUAUGUAUCCGGAAGAGGCACCAGAUUUUAUAAAUCGACCAACUUUUUGGCCUCACAAUCCAGAAGAACAAAUUCAACAAGUAGAAAGUCAAGAACAGAGCACGAAUAAAACAAAAUAAAAGAGAAGUCAAUAAAACUAAAAUGUGGUGAAUAAACUA